AUGGAUGCCGUGCGGGAAAGCUCCAUCGGGGAGUGCUCCGAUCCGCCCCUGGGCAAGAGGAGGAAGCUCCCGCCACCCAGCAUCGUCCUCCAGGUAGAACCCAAAACUUUUUCCCAGACGAGGCUGCCCUACAGCAUCAUCCUCACCACCCUCUUGUACUGCGGGGAGUUUGUGUCUGCCGCCAUCCUGACCUCCUCUUACAGCCGUUCCAACGACCAGUUCUGGCUCCUCCUGACCAUCCUCUUCAUGCUGAUGCCUUCCAUCAUGGUCCAGCUGACCCUCAUCUUCGUUCACCGAGACGUGACCAGCGACAAACCCCUGAUCUUCUGCAUGCACCUUCUCUUGCUGGGUCCACUCAUCAGAUGUCUAGAGGCCUUGAUGAUGUACUGCCAGGUGGGGACAGAGGAAGAGCCGUACGUCACCAUCACGCGCAAGAAGCGGCUCCGCAAAGACUCGGAGAUCGAGGUGGAGCAGGAGGUGGGCCAAUCGCUGCGUAGGCUGGUCACCCACCGCAACGCCUUCAAGCGCAUGGCGGUGAUCCAGGCCUUCCUGGGCUCCACCCCACAGCUCACCCUGCAGCUCUACAUCAGCGUUGUAGAGCAGUACAUACCCCCCACCAGAGCGAUCCUGAUGGGCAUCUGCUUAGUGUCAGUCACCUACGGAGCUCUGGUCUGCAACGUCCUGGCCAUCCAGAUCAAGUACGACGACUACAAGAUCCGCCUGCGUCCCCUGGCCUUCAUCUGCAUCAUCCUGUGGCGCAGCUUGGAGAUCUCCACCCGCAUCACUAUCUUGGUUUUUUUCGGGAGCGUCUUCAAGCACUACGCUAUGGCCAUCGGCAUGGCCAACUUCCUAGUUCUCUUCUUUUGGCCGUGGGUGCAGUUCUGGCGGAGCGGCGCCCAGCUGCCCGACAAUGUGGAGAAGAACUUCAGCCGGGUGGGCACGGUCUCCGUUCUGUGCUCAAUCACUCUGCUGUAUGCUGGCAUCAACGUCUUCUGCUGGUCAGCCGUGCAGCUCAGACUGUCCGACCGAGAUUUGAUCUCCAAGUCGCAAAGCUGGUGGUACUUAGUUAUUUACUAUGUGUUGCGGGGUGUGGAGAACAGUGUGUUGCUCGUCCUCUGGUACAUCUUCAAGACAGAUUUCUAUGAAUACAUCUGCACACCCUUGCUGGUGGUGCAGCUCAUUGUGGCCUACUGUUUGGCCAUCACCUUCAUGCUCUUCUUCUACCAGUACUUUCACCCGUGCCGCCGCCUCUUCACGCACAACGUCUCUGACUUUUUGGAGUGUGUCUGUUGCAAGUCCAGGGUGACAGCCGAUUCCACUCACCUGGAGCCUCCCUAUGAGCCCGGAAUUAGGCACAGCAUAGUCUGAUGAGACGGACCUAAGCUGAUCCUAAGCGAAGCCUGCCA